GUGCAUUUCCUGCCACCGCCAUUAUCACUGCAACACUAUUCCCUCACAAACCAACCUCACGAAUUUCCAAUGGCCACGUAUUGAACCAACAUGGCGAUUGGUGUCUGCCGUUUCCAGUCUCGAAUAUUGCCAGAACAAAAUCAAGCUACGCUUCUCUUCCCUUUCUCCCUCUCCAUCUCCAUCUCCAUCUCCAUCUAUUCCCUCCUCUGUGUAAAAGACGCAGGCAGCUGACAGUUCAAAUAUCAGUGACUUCUACAGACUUCAUCUUCCUCCUCCAUCGAAUACUCCUGAUACUUUUCCCCGGUCGUGCACCCUCAUAUCGACCUCGACAAGUGCACAAGCCCAUCUUUGACCUCAACACUGUGCCCGUGCUGACGAAUCUUCCACUUUUCCGUCCGCACGGACGGUCACUGUCCAGUAGUCCAUUGGCACCGCACCCAGUGUACAGGACUCCCACCCACCUCAAGAUAUGGCACAAUUCGCCGUGGGUUGGAGAAGAUUUGUGCCAUUCAUUGGGUAUCACCAUGUGUUGAUGUUAUUUGUCGCCGUUGCAAUCAUCUUACUUUCACUUUUACUAGCAGGAUGCUCAUCAACGUCACCCCUGAUCCCGGGAAUCUACCUCAUAUCUCUCUACUAUCAACAAUACCCGCCAGUGUUCUCACCGGUCCAGGUCAACCCCAGUGUGUCGACGGCCAUCGCCAACAUUGUUGGAAAUGCCGACCUCAACGUCAGGGUGGGAUACUUUGGGAUAUGUAUCAGGGUAGACCAGGGUGCGUGGAUGUGUAACCAGAACUCCACUGCUCUGGCCGAUCUUGUCAGCAUCGACCAAGAUCCUCUCAACCUUGUUUGGGUUGCAAGCACCUUCAAGAACGCCAUCGUCUUCCCCUACCUCAUCAUCAUUGCCAUUGUCCUGGCCUUCCUCACCUUUCUACUUCUCGCCACAUUCCCAGGCUGGCAUACCACCGUCGGCCAUGAUGGCUCUGAACAGGAAGUCCGACCGUUUCCACCCAGGGCGGUGUCCCAGGUCGCCUUAGCUACCAUCUUCAUUGCCUCGGUCUUUAUCCUAGUGUCAGUCAUGUGGCAGCACACUGCUGCAGUGGCAGCGACCGCUGUGGCUCAAGAUCUUGGAAAUGGCAGUGUCAAGGCCGGAAUUGGAACAGCAGCAAUGGUUCUGGGCUGGUUCGGAUUUGGCCUUCUGGUGGUCGUCACGCUGGGUCUCCUCGUGAUGAUUCUCAGUAUUCAACUCCUUGAUCGAUUAACAGAUGAGGACUAAACAAAACAUUUGGUAUCAAGUGUGACUUGAAAUCGAACUUGAAUCGACCAAAGGUCUCGUAUGUUUUGCAUCCUCGGUACGAUGGCAAGAAUGAAUAAAUGGGUUUUGGAUUGUGGACACAUGGAGGCACAUAGCACCAUUAACCGGCGUUUUCGACCUAGAUUGUCACCCCUUUUUCCUUUCCUUGUGCGCAUUUUCACGGCAGGCUGUCGAACCAAUUCGACUGGGAUGGGGAUGGCGACGGCCUCAAACAUAUCUCACCUGUGGGGGGGUAACAUAAUUAUUGGCUGAACGGCGGGGUCCUCGGGGGUUCUUUGGCCGCGCAGAUGCACGACAUUGAAUGGUGAAUACGAUUGACGGGCUGUGAUGCGAUGUCUUGGAAAAUCGAUGGAAAUCAGAAAUUGAAUGAAAGAAAGGACCACAAAGAAGGUCGCUGUAAUUUAUCAUAGCAUAGGUCAAACCUCAACCGCUCGAGUAAGACAAAACUCGCCAAGUGUGAAUGAAUAUACUGAAAUUCCCGUA